AUGCUGGCCAUUAAGUUUGAGCAUAAAACUCUUAGGACUGCUCUGCAAUUGAAUCUGACUGUAUCAGAAGCACAAAAAGACCACAUCAUGCAAUUGAAUGCUCUAGAUGAACUGAGAAAGAUGGUUGUCCAACAUACAUACAUUAUUCAACAUCAACGUGAUAAAUGGCAUGAUAAACAUAUUAAGGAGAGAAAAUUUAAAUGUCGAGAUUGGGCAUUAUUAUAUGAUUUGAGAUAUAAGGAUACAAUGGGGAAGCCGCAGACAUGUUGGUUGGGCCCAUAUGAGAUUGUUGAAGUUUUUCAAAAUGGAGCAGUUCAAUUGGCAACAAUAGAACAAGUCAGAUUCAAAAUUUUGGUCAAUGCUCAUCGUCUACAUCUUUAUCAUAAACCUACUACAAAAGAAGACUUCCUGCAGCAAUUUGACAACCAAGUGCAGACCACAGUUCCCGCAGCCUCUGCACGGGGCCUUCUCGACCCAGAGUCUUAA